AUGAAGAGAAUCGCUUUAGCAGGUCGCCCGCGACCUCAAGGGCCGAUCUGUCAAUUUUGCCAAUUCUCUACGUCGUCGCGCCGCAGUCUUCCUUUGGCGCGCCUGCCAAUCUCUUCCGAGCGUCGAGUUGCGACCAGUAAACCAGGACUUCAGCUGUCGAAGCGAAGCGUCGAAGCACCGAUAUACCCUGCAUUCUUUUCUUUACGCCGAUUUGCCUCCCAAUCCAAUUCACCGGACCUGACAGCAGCCAUUCGGCAACUGGAGCAGGAAGCCUCUGACUUGCACAAUUCGAACGGGGUACCCUCCAACGAGGUGGUGGUGGCCCUCCUAGAAAAAUGCCAGGGGAUUGCCGAGUCUCUAGCCUCGCGAGUGAGAGAUCAACACGAGGGGUCUUCGACAGGAGAUGAAGGCACUGCGAUUUCAUCGCUACUGGAUCUGGAGGAGAAGAAAAACGCGACGACAACGGGGAAGUCAAACGAGGCCAAAUCACUACGAAAGCCCGAGGACCCUCGGGUGGCAGACUCAGUCUCGCGCAUUGCUCUCGACCUCUUGAAAGACGACAAGGUGUUCAUCUCGCCGGAGGCACUGACUUGCUACACCAAAACGCAAACCCUCCUGCGACGGGCCGAGCAUUUCCCGGAGAUAUUCUCCUUGUACGCGAACAAGCCGGUACCCGAAGAGAACAGCUCGCCGGUCAAGUUCCACAAGGCGAAUCCCAAGAGCGUCAACAGCGCCGUCCCUGCCGAGCUGGCCAACAUGGCUCUCGAUGUCGCCAUUGCACGCAAGAACCUCCCGCUGGUGCUGGCCAUCAUCGACAGCACCUUCUGUGCCCCGGCUUUCCACCGCGCCAAGAUCUUUAGAAAAGCCGGUGUCCCCCUGGCCGGUCUGGCGGCUGCCCCCGGUGCGUGCUACGUCCUGGCGACGUGGGCGUCGGCGUUCCAGAAUACCAUGGACCCCAGCACGGCGACGGGGAUUGCCUUUGCGGCUAUUUUGGCUUAUGUCGGCGGAACCUCGUCCAUGGGUCUCCUGGCCAUCACUACCGCCAAUGAUCAGAUGGAGCGGGUGGUUUGGAUUCCGGGCAUUCCUCUGCGGAAUCGCUGGCUGCGGGAGGAAGAGCGGGCUGCAAUGGACAAGGUGGCAGUUGCAUGGGGUUUCAAGGAUCCCUGGAUGAGAGGAGAGGAAGUUGGCGAGGAGUGGGAGAGUCUGCGCGAGUUUAUUGGCAUGCGCGGCAUGAUCUUGGACAAGACGGAUUUGAUGGAGGGCAUGGAGUGA